AUGAGCUCUAUUACAACUGAGAGUGAACCGAAGUUACAGGGAAAGAUCACGGAAGAGAACCUUCUUCUAGGGUCAAAAUCUCAGCCAAUUCUUUUAACCAGAGUCGAGGUCAAUGGAGGUGGCCCAUUUAGCUAUGAAUUUUUCGAUAAAUUAUUGAGUCCAUUAUUGGGCAAAGGUGAUUAUACUUUGGCGCAAAUAACGGACAAAAUCCAUCAAUCUUACCAACAUUUAGCCGACACAGGUGUAUUCAAAAAAAUCGGUGCUAGAAUCGAGCCCGAUUUUUACUCCAACGUUCCUGCAGUUAAAUCGUACAAUAGCGAAAAGUCUAUUCCUGCUAAAGUUGUCUUUGAUGUUGCAAAUGUGAGUUUAAACAACAAUGAAGGUUUCUUGAAUUUCAACAAUGAAGAAUUUUUAAACUUACAGUUGAAUCAUAUUGAUAGGAACUUUAGUGAGAAUGCGGAAACAGUAUCCGUUGGUGUAGACUAUAAUCCUUAUAAGCCAUAUGACCACUUAUUAACCAAUUUUAAAUUUUCAUCGAGCUUAAAAGAUCCAAGUUUUAGGUUUUUAAUUGAUGGAGGCUACAACACAAGGAAUAACUAUGCAUGGCAGGAUUUUAAGGAGAACCAGUUGGGUGGUAAGAUUGGGUUAUUAUACAAGAAGCAAAAAAAUUUUGAUAUAUUUACUGGGUUCUCACUUUACAAAAGGAGAUUAUUUGAUAUCGAGGAAGGUGCCAAUGCUGAUCUCAAAUAUUUCAAUGGCGAGUUUUUGAAAUCUAGUGUAUUAAACAAAGCCCAUUUUCAACACCUUACAUAUUUGAGCGACAAGCACAAGAGUUUCCCAACUAAUGGUAUUAACGUGCAAAUCGAGUCAGAGUUGAGUUCAGUUCAAAAACAAGUUGACGCUUCUAAUCGUGGGGAAUUUGUUAAGCUGCAAAUAAAAUUUGAUCUUUACAAGUCGGUUUUCAACAAUUACUUCACUACAAAACUUAGUGGUGAGAUUGGAGGUAUCUACUCAUUCAAUUCUAAAUUCCCCGUACAUCCAUUGGAUAAAUUCUACUUGGGUGGUUACUCGUCUUUUUUGGGUUUCAGUAAAAACGGCGUUGAACCAAGCGGAGGAUUACAACUGUACAAAGUGCAAGCUACUUUAUUUUCCAAAAUUCCUCAUUUGCUUUAUGCACCAACUUUGAACAGAUACAAUGUCGCACUUUCGGAAGACGAACAUCCCUUGAGACUUUAUGGUACAGUAAUUGCAGGUAAUUGCGUGCCAACAUCUUCAAAAACGAUUUUCAAUGAUGAUAAUGGUGCUUUGUCAUAUGGGUUUGGGUUAAGGUACUUUAACCACUGGGCAAAUUUUGAUCUCGGAUAUUUUGUGAGCAAAAGGUUUGGGUCGCUGGAGUCCAGAAGCGAUGUUGGUGUAAAGGACGGUAUACAAUUUUCUAUUUCAAUUGGAGCUCCAAGCAGCAACUUGUGA